CUGCAAAACCCGUGACUGCUGCUGCUGCUGAUGGUGGUGGUACCGUUUUCUCUGUCUCUGUAUUCAUUGACUUUUUGUAGGCGGUGCAGUGCUUCACGUGUAGAGUUGCUUCUGCUGCUAAGAAAAGGAUGUUGGAACGAGGAUGAAAAAAAGGCCACAUUUUGAUUUUUAACUAGACAAUACCGGACCAGUCAAGGAAGCUGAAGAUGAUGUGACCUGGAGCUGCUGUGGAUGUCAUGAUGAAAGAAUUUGCUUUGAAGGUUUAAAAUUACUGAGAUAAACUGACAGACAGAAAGAAGACACAUCUGAGGACAAUACGAGACUGCCAUGAAGCAUUUUAAAGAAGCAUGGACAUAAACACAACAAAGUGAGGCUUUUGUUUUGUUAUUUUCUGCCAACUGCUGGAGCAAGUAAUGAUUUGAUAGUUUAAUAUGCUGAAACAAUACCAGCACAUAGAGCAUUAUGCACUGAUUGACAAGCUGCUGCUUAUAGUUGUGGAGCAGAAAGGACAAAUGAUGAGAGACUCUAACCAAUGCUAUAUGCUUACUGCUAAGCAUGCUGGGACCACUGGGUGCUGCCUGCAGUCAAUUAGACCUACAUAAAACUUGACUUUAUGACCGUUCUGGGAUAUUGGAUAUGCCAGAGAUGCUAGGACUAAAUAUGCUGCGACAUUGGGACAUCUGUCCGAACAAGUGGUGAGGAUGAAGAGACGAGGCCAGUCCAGAGGCCAGAGAUUUGUCAAGGCUGACUACUAUGAACUGGACUGGUACUAUGAAGAGUGCACUGAUGUGCUGUGUGCUGACAGAGUGGGCCAGAUGACGAAGACCUACAGUGACAUUGACGCUGUCACUCGACUGCUGGAAGAGAAAGAACGAGAUUUGGAGUUAGCUGCUCGCAUCGGACAGUCACUGUUGAAGAAGAACAAAGUUCUGAGCGACAGGAAUGAGCUACUGGAGGAGCAGAUAGAGCACAUACGAGAGGAGGUGUCUCAGCUGCGUCAUGACCUGUCCAUGAAAGAUGAGCUGUUGCAGUUUUACACAAACGCUGCUGAGGAGAGUGAAGGAGAGUCUAACACCUCCACACCCGUGCGUCCCAGUGAAACGAAUGUUGCAGCUCCAACUUGUUUUCCCCUGGACUCCUUACAGAAGAAACUAAAAGAUUUGGAAGACGAAAACAAAUCCCUGCGAUCUGCGGCGAGUCGUUUGGAGACAGAAACUAUUUCGUAUGAGGAGAAGGAACAGCAGCUUGUCAAUGACUGCGUCAAAGAACUGCGUGACGCCAACGUGCAGAUCUCCUCUCUGGCAGAAGAGCUGGCCAAAAAGACGGAGGAUGCCUCCAGGCAGCAGGAGGAGAUCACACACCUCCUCUCUCAGAUAGUAGACCUGCAGAAGAAGGCCAAGCUUUAUGCUGUGGAGAACGAAGAGCUGACGCAGCAUUUAGGUGCAGCCAAGGACGCUCAGAGACAACUCACUGCUGAGCUGCAGGAGUUGCAGGAUAAGUACGCAGAGUGUAUGGAGAUGCUCCAUGAGGCUCAGGAGGAGCUGAAAAACCUGAGGAACAAAACGCUGCCGCUCAGCAACCCCAGGCGUUUCCAUUCUCUGGGCCUGUUCCCCAUGGACUCUCUGGCGGCUGAAAUAGAAGGCACCAUGAGGAAGGAGCUUCAAAUGGAUGAUCCAGAUGUAGAGGAACAGAAAUUACACCCGAAGCGAGUGUUCCAGACGGUUAAGAACCUGAACCUGAUGCGUCAGCAGCGUCCCUCCACAGCCCCCUCUCCUCUCAACAUCCCCGGCUCCAAUCAGACCUCAUGCUUCACCUCAGGGCGCUCCAGCAGGGUGGGCACACCUCGCUCCAACUCCAUUUAUGGAAGCGAAACAGGAAGUGGGAUCUUCCUGGACAACAGGACGGGCAGCAUCCUGGAGUGUUCAGAUGAUGGCUCGGAGGACUCCAACAAGCGGCCCCCCGGUACCCCAGGAACUCCGGGGAGCCGGGACCUGGAGGCAGCUCUGCGCCGCCUCUCCCUCCGCCGCGACAACUACCUCUCCGAAAAGCGUUUCUUUGAGGAAGAGAGGGAGCGGAAGCUGGCCUACCUGGCGAAGGAGGAGGAGAAAGGAGGCGGGGACGGCAGCGGCGGACCAGGGACCCCGACAGAGAGUCUGCUGUCGCUGUGCUCGCACCCCUCCUUCGGAAGCAUCCUGUCAGGAUACUCGAUGGCAGCGAGGUCCUACCUGCCGGAGAAGCUGCAGAUUGUAAAGCCGCUAGAAGGUUCUGCUACGCUUCAUGCAUGGCAGCAGUUGGCUCAGCCCCACAUGGGGGCUCUGCUCGAUCACCGACCGGGCGUGGUCACGAAGGGCUUCCGCACUUUAGCUCACGAGCACGAGCAGGAGGACGGCUGGCAGCUGGACCAACCCGAGGAGGACGAAGCGUCGUGCGACUCGUUCACCAGCUCCGAUCCAAUCAGCCUGCUCCACUCUACCUCGAUUUCAUCCCUCUGCUGCAACAAGACGAGCCACGCUGAGGCCAACGGCCGAGCAGAAGGACUCGGUGGAGGAAUAUGCGGUGCUAGAGAGGCCGGGGAGAGGAAGGACGGACACCUUGGCAACACGUCCCUCUCCAGUUUGUCCUCGUUCUCUCCUGUCCCUUCCCCUUCAGAGAUCAGCAGGCACAUGGACUUCAUGGAGCUCCAAGCCCUGCAGCCCACCACUGUGGACCACAUGCCUGUUCUUUUCCCUGGAAAAUGUUUGUCCCAGACCAGCUCCACGUACACCUUCACCACCUGCAGGAUCCUUCACCCGUCUGAUCAGCUGACCUCCGUUUCCCCCAGUCCAGCCAUAGCCACGUCUCAUAGCAGCACUAGCAUCGGCACGCCCUCCCACACGUCCUCCCCCGCACCGAUCUCGGCAUCGCACACACCUCCCUACACCCCCUGCUGCACCCCACGCCGCCUCUCCCUUUCCCACGCCCUCGCCGAGUCCUCCACCAACCUGCGGGAUUCCACCAAGACCACCAGCACCUCCCUGGGUCUGGCGCGCCUCCUGCUGGAGCGGGGCAUUUCGGCCUCCGUGUACAACCCCUGCAGCUGGGACCGAGCGUUGGACGCCGGCGCGGCGUCCACAGUCAUGGGAGGGAUUCAGGCGCAGAGGUGCGCCGCUCGACCCGGGGAGAUUGAAGUCAGACCGCCGGUGGAACGUCCCAACAGCCUCCUCCUGCGGCCCUCCACCCCGCCCGGCUCCCCUCCCUCCGAGUUCAUCUCCUCCGCUGCAGCUCGUCCCGCGUUCCAGUUCAGUCCUGUCAACGAUGACCCACCGUAUCGCGACGCCUUCUUGGCGUCCAAACCAGCUCGCACCAUUCUGAGGGAAGUGUUGGGGGAACUGGAGAGAGAAGGUAUCGCUCCGGUGGGUGACGACAACCAAACUGAGAUAAUGAGCCUCGGGCUUGUGGACAAACUGAAAUGUUUCCCCACACUAUCCCCUCUCUCAGCCUCAGGCUCCGCUGCUAAUGCUCUGUUAGCCCCGUUUGGUGCCACUGGGAUGGCUAACAACGCACUGGGCGGGGGGAUUUCAGGUUUAAACACAGGCCUGAGGAGGAACCGAAGUUAUCCAGCCAUGGUCGGGGCCAGCAUGGCUAUGAAAGACCCGGGCGGCCCACUCGUGCCCCACACCAAGCCAAACUCCCUGACACAAGACAUGGAAGACACGACAGAAAUAGACAAAGUGCAGCCGGACCCCUCUGCGAUUAGGAAGGCCUUACACGUCCCCCACACUUUAAACGCUCUGAAAACAGUCCAACCGCAGAGCAGAACACAGAGACACACCAGGGCUGACUGCAGGCUUCAGGGUUCACUAAACCAAGACAUGAAUGAGCCCAGGACGUAGGAACACCUCUGUAGGUAGAUUAGCUCAUCUUCCAGCCCACAGCCCCACACAUUCUACUACUCAUCCAUUUAUUAUUCAUCAGGCCAAAUUCUGCAUUUAACUGUUCAGCUGUUCUCCCAGGAAGGUGGCUGAAACAAUCCACCCAUAAAACGCUCAUUUUUCAAAAACAGUCUAACAGCUCAAAGAAAAACAAAGGGACAGUGAUGAAGAAAAUGGAUAGUGGCUGAAGCUGUUACCGUUUUAUAAACUGUCGGACCAGACUAACGAUGGUGACGUUUGCUGCCUUCCUUUGUGUCAUGUUUUUAAUUAUGAGUUGUACUGUACGUGCAAUAUACUGUGGCAUAUAUUCCUGUUAAAGCCCUAAUCUGGUUGACAUUACGCAGGUACAUUUUAACCAACGCUGAUUAUGAAGGUUUUCUUAUAUUGUUAAUGAGAUUAUAAAUUUGCUGUGGUUGUAUGAAGGUUUUCCACACACAGCCUUUUUUUCAAACUACUUCCUGUAAAUUGUUGAGUUUGUUCCUUUUGCUUUUAAAUUUUGAACAUUUGUGCAAACGGGCUGUGGACCACUGUUGGUGUUUUACUUAAAUAUUAACCUUAGUAGGUGGAACCCUGCUGAGACCACAGAUCUCUGUUUAAGGGAAGCCUGAGCACACGUGCCAAAAACAAGAAGAACAUCAAAGCAAAGCCAAAGAAGUUGUCACCGAUCAGUGGAUCAGUUUUAAGUCUGUGCUUGAAUUACUCUGCUCUGAAAUUGAAUUAAUGUUCUGAAGUCAAACACCCUGUUAAUAUCACCAGUUAUUUUGUACCAUCAGCCGUUUUCCCCUCCGUUUCAAUUCUGCAGCUGCACAUUGAGAAAUACUCCAGAUUGGGGCUUUAACGUGUCCUCUUGCUGUGACUGAAUGUUCUGAUGUGCCUACAAACAAAACGCACUGUACCUGGUUGCAUUUGUUGUGUCUUUGUUUGCCUGUUCUUAUGCAAAGUGCAAUAGAAAGAGUGUAAAUGUGAAAAAUUGUGCUAUUCAAAGUUUGCGUCUGAAUGCGGCCACAUGUUCUCAUCAAAGUGUGUCGUCGAUCGCUGUGACUGCAGAGCUUUUUAAAAGAAGUUUAUUUGGUUUAUAUGCUCAUCUAGUCAGUAAAGAGCAUUUGAAGAGUGACAAAUGCAGGAUUUUUUUUAAAAGUGGACACAAGUCUGAUUAUCUGAUAUCCUUUCGAGAGGCUAUCUACACAAAAGGCUACAAAUCAGUCGAUGUUAAAGUCAUUGAGCUAAAAUUUAACAAGUAGCUGAGACCUCUCUCCAUCAUAAACAACAAGCCAUGACAGAUUAGGCAACAUCUUUGUUUCAAACUUGGACUUGCAAGGUCAGACUGUGUGCAUUUCUUCAUGGAUUCUUUGUUUUGAAGCAUAAAUCUUGUUUUCAAUCAUAUAAGUAUGAACAUUAGAGUCAUUCUCAUGUCAGUUAGCUGAGAGUAAAACUGUAGCUGAGACUUGUGAGCGUAAUCAUUAAAUGAAUGAUUUAUAACACCCACAUAUUUUUACCAUCAGAAUCUGAGCUUUAAUCUGUUUUCGGCUGUUUCUGUCUUAACUGAGUCCGUUUCAGUGUCUGCAGUUCUGACCCAGACUUUGAUCUGUGUUGCUGUCAAGUCCACCACCUGACAUUUUAAAAACACUAACUGGCUUUUGAUUUUGUUUUUUUCUCUAAUCUGAUUCAGUUGAGCAACUAACGCCAAGUUAAAAAUGAAUUAAACUGAUGAAAGCUGCUUCAUUAAAACAAGCAGGUCACUUUCAGUAACCUGGACCAGUGAGCAGAAGCUAAAAUCUAAUUUUUGCUGCAUGUGUUUAAGUGAAGGAUGUUUUCUGGUUUAGUUUAUUUGAAUGUCACUGAUGCAGGUAAGUGUGUAAUAUUUUAGUUUUAUCAUUCUCAUUGAAAAAGUAUUACCUGUCUACGAGAUCAGAGUGCAAUGAUUCUGCCUUUCAAAUCACAGUAAUGGCACUUUUUUUUGAGAAGGAAUAAAAGUUGCAGUAUUUUUUGAAGAAGCUAAAUGACUGAAGCAAGUGCGUGUGCGUGUGCGUGCGUGUGUGUAUGUGUGUGUGUGGGUGAGUGAGUGAGAAGGAAAACACAGUUUUUCUGUGCCACCUCUGAAUGUGAGUCCUUACAGUCUUCCUGCUUGUAGGGUCGUGUGUUAAUGUGCAGUGUUUUGUUCAAAAUUCAGUUUGCAUUAACUUCCUGUAGAGAACUAUUAUGGCAUUGUAAAUGUGUGCAAUGUAUGUUACCUUUUUGAAAACCUAUAGAAAAACAAUGUAUUAUUAAAGCUGAGUUGUUUAUUUAGUGAUAAAAAAGGGAAAAUGCUGUUCUUAUCAGGGACUGGUUGUUCAGAACAGAUUAAAAUGUCAACAAAAUGAUUAAAAAAAAUAAGAACCUGA